CGAGCCGAGAGGAGCCGAGCUGCCGCCUCAGCGACACUUCUGAAUCAUGACUGUAUGAAGACGCGGCUCCAGCACCGCCAAUUCACCUUCAAAACAGGCGCACAUACGCGUUUAUUUAUUGUUGUAGGUCGUUAAUUUUUCCUCUGGACAUAGUGCUUUUAGCUGGUCACAAUGACGGCGCUGUCGCUGCUCUUGAUGGCCGUGUCGGCCGCAUCUGUGCUGGCUGAGUCCGCCGAGCAUUUCCGAGAGCAAUUUGAGGAUGCUGACGCCUGGAUGAGUCGCUGGGUGGAAUCCAAGCACAAGUCGGACUAUGGCAAGUUUGUCCUGACUGCAGGGAAGUUUUAUGGAGAUGAAGAGAAAGACAAAGGUCUACAGACGAGCCAGGAUGCCCGUUUCUACGCUUUGUCAACCCGUUUUGAUAAAUUUAGCAACAAGGGCAAAUCUUUAGUCAUCCAGUUCACUGUGAAACACGAGCAGAGCAUUGACUGUGGUGGAGGCUAUAUCAAACUGUUUCCCUCUGAACUCAAUCAGGAGGAGAUGCACGGGGACUCUGUCUACAACAUCAUGUUUGGUCCUGAUAUUUGUGGCCCUGGCACAAAGAAAGUACACGUGAUCUUCAAUUACAAAGGCAAAAACCAUUUGAUUAACAAGGACGUUAGAUGCAAGGAUGACGAGUACACCCAUUUAUACACACUGAUCGUCAACCCUGACAACACUUACGAGGUCAAGAUCGACAAUAAGAAGGUCGAAUCUGGUAAUCUGGAGGACGACUGGGACUUUUUGCCACCCAAAAAAGUUAAGGAUCCCGAAGCUAAAAAGCCAGAGGACUGGGAUGACAGGGAGAAAGUUCCCGACCCUGAAGAUAAGAAACCAGAGGACUGGGACAAGCCUGAGAACAUCCCAGAUCCUGAUGCCAAAAAGCCUGAUGACUGGGAUGAUGAGAUGGAUGGAGAGUGGGAACCACCGAUGAUCAACAACCCUGAUUACAAGGGGGAGUGGAAGCCCAGUGAGAUCGAUAACCCUGCGUACAAGGGGAAGUGGAUCCACCCUGAGAUUGACAACCCGGAGUACACAGCUGACCCCGAGAUCUACAAAUACGAAAGCAUUGGUGUGAUUGGACUGGACUUGUGGCAGGUCAAGUCGGGUACUAUCUUUGACAACUUCCUAAUCACCAGUGAUCCAAACCUGGCAGAGGAAGUUGGCAACGACACUUGGGGCAAAACUAAGGAUGCCGAGAGAAAAAUGAAGGAAAGCCAAGAGGAAGAAGAGAGGAAGAAACGAGAAGAGGAGGACAAGCAGAAGAGAGAAGAGGAAAAGGAAGAAGAUGAGGAGGAAAAGGAGGAGGAGGAGGAAGAAGAAGAUGAAGAGGGGGAGGAGCCUGAGGAGGAGGAGGACGAGGAAGAAGAAGAAGAGGAAGGCACAGACUCUAAAUCUAAGGACGAGUUAUAAUCUCAGGAACUACUCAAACUGUGUCUGUGGGCUGUUGGGACCAGACUGGGGACUGAAAUGAUCAACCCUCAUGACUAACACCCCGCAGGGAUGGGCUGGCUGUGACAGGCUUUUUGUUUUUAUUUUUUAGUGUUUACAAAACAAGGGGGUAGGUGAAGAAGGGUAAUUAAUGUUCAUUUUCAUGAACCAUCACUGUUGUUUAUUAUAAUGGAAAGUGAAAUAAUGGAAGUUAUUGAUAUGUUGAAAUUAAUGUCAAGACCCGUGAUUAUAAAACUGCUAAUUGUAUUUAACAAAAAAUACAAAAGUUGCCCUUUGUGUUUUACAGAAUUUUUUUUCAAAUGACAUUGUAGUGACAUGAUUAUGGGUGGUUCCAUGAAAUUACUUUGUUUACCUCAUCUGUUUUGUUUGUCUGAUUUUGUCUGGGGUUUGUGUGUGUGUGUUUGUGUUUCACAGGAUGUCUGGAAGGACGGGAUAGAAUUGGAGGUAAUUGUGCUCUUAUUUAAACUCUUACUCAAACAAGGGUUACUGUGAACUAGAGUUCAUCAGGACUACCAGUUAAUUUUACAACCUGCUCAGAAGAAGCAUCUGACACUGGGUGUUAAUAUGAGGUGUCUUAAGAUAUAGUUCCCUGCAUAGUUUUGUAUUGAGGUGAAAACACUUUCUCACUCCACUGCACAUACUAGUCUUACUAGUCUUGUGUGUUUAAGAUCAGCUGUGUUCAGAUGUGUAUUAAGGAAACUCCAGUAGCAGAAAAUGUAAUGAUCAUUUGGUACAUGUCACUUUAGUUUUUCCUCAUUGUUGGUGUAUAAAAACAGUUUUCUUUUUUUUUUUUUUAUUUCAAUAUUUCUGCACUGCUGUACUCUUAAAGUUGAAGCUCAUACAUAAAUGUUACUUUUGUAAAAGACAUUUUGUACUAAUUGAAGGAAAUGAGGUUGGGCAAUUUUCAUGUUGCUAUGUUUAAACAAAACAAAACAUAAAAGCCAGAAAUGUGCUUUGUCCAAUAAAAGCAACCAGAACAAAUCAACUAGA